AUGGUGUUCGGAGUCGGGUGGGAGACGAUGGUCGCCUUCCACCGCCGGAUGUCCCGAGUCUUCCUGGCGCUGGUCCUCGUGCACAUGGUCUUCUUCUGGGCGGUUUACGCCCAAGAGGGAGACUUCUGGCACGACUGGCCGAUCGCGAUACCCACCGACUACCAUCAGGACAACUGGACCAUACCCCUCGCCACCCUCACCACCUGGUUCAUGGUGAUCACUAUGUUCGGGCUCUCGGUGCAGUGGGUGCGACGGAAGCACUUCGAGGUGUUCUACUACUCCCACCACUUCUUCGUGGUAGUGUGGACGAUGAUGCUCUGGCACGCCGCGUCCGCUUGGUACUACAUCGCCGCCUCCAUCGCCCUCUGGCUGGUUGACCGUGCCAUCCGCUUUUCCAAGGGCCUUACAAUCGUCUCGGUGAAGGGUUUCGCUGCCGCGGGAGGCGUGACAAGGCUAGCCUACACCGUGGAGAGCGCAGGCGUCGGGCCUUGGGCGGGGUCGCCGAGGGCCAUGCUGCACGAGGCUGGGCAGUACGUUUUCAUUAAUGUGCCGGCGAUCAGCGUGGUCCAGUGGCACCCGUUCACCAUAUCCUCCUGCCCGGACGACCGGGAGACCACCCACCACAUCAAGGACAUGGGGCCCGACACCUUCACGGGGAAACUCAGAAUGCUCGCCACUCUUGGAAGCCAGAUCCAGGUCAACGUGGAUGGGCCGUAUGGAUUCCCUCUGGAGUACGAGCGGUAUCGCCUUCUCGUGCUGGUGGCUGGCGGAAUCGGUGUCACCCCCUGCAUCUCCAUCCUCAGACACCUGAGCCUGUUGGCUCGCGCCGGGUGCUUGGAGAACUGCCUCCAAGAGGGAGUCAAGCUGAUCUGGAGCACACGGUCGCCCGAGGAGAUGGUGAUGUUCGAAACCGAGCUGCAGGAUGUCAUUGGUUUGCCGGACGAGGAGGAGGAGGAAGCGGUUACCGUUGCCGCCGCCGCCGCCACCGCCGCCGCUUCGCCAGGGAGGCGGUUCUCCGUUCACCUGCACCUCACGUCAGCCUCGGGGGAAGACAACUAACUUGGAGGUAAAAGAGGGGGAUGGUUGCCAAAGAUAGAUGAAGUUCUUUGCGUGGAAUUGUGGUAGUAAGUGGUAUUUUAUGCUGGAAACACGUUUGUUUUGGGUUUGGAUUAUUUUCGCUCCGAAGCCGGCUAAGCACUCCUGCUGCGGGCAUGUUGUGGCGAGACCCUCCUCCCUCCCUAAACCGACAAAAAAAUGUCUUCCAACAAGUCGCGGGAAGGGAAGAAGAAGGUGUCCGUAGACGAAAAACUGGCGUGCAAGUCGUGGGUGAAGGUCUCCGUUAAAAUGGCGUACGUACGUAAGUAUUUGUGUGUGGGGGGGGUCUGCCUUCUUCGCAACUCGAAAAAUGGGGCGACGAUGAACGUCUGUUGACCGUGUACCGUGCGUGGUGUGUUACUCGCAGAGAUUCAUUCGCUCUUUAUUUUUCUUUUCUUUUUUCCGGACAGGAUGGGAUUGUCCGAUGAGAGCCAGACGGACGGGGCCGGGCGAACGAUAGGCCGUAGCAGCAUGUUUUUCGUUUUUUUUUUUACCGAGCAACGUCGACGACGACGACGGGUUGCAGAGUUUGCCAGGUGGCCGAUGACGUGAUGUCGUCGGGAUCGAAGAGGACUCCAUCCAAGUACGCCAGGGGGGAGGGGUGGAUCGGGGGCCUCAGGGAGAGGAACUCUUCUUGUGUGACCACGAAUUGGACGGCUCCUAGAAAAUAUCCGGAGGGCAUGAUGUGAGCGCUG